UGCGGGCCCCGCGUCUCCGCCAACCCGCGGCCUCCCUCCCCGCCUCCCUGCGGCGCGGUGCGCGGAGUCGCGCGGCCGGGCGCGUCGAGCCGUGCGGUGUCGCAGGGCAGGGCGUGUCACGCGGGGCGCCGGCGGGCCGAGCGGGCGGCGCGAGCGGCCGUCCCUCCUCCCGCCUCCUCCCCUCCCCCGCAGCGGCUCCGAGAAGAUGGCGGAUCGCGCGGAGAUGUUCUCGCUGUCCACCUUCCACUCGCUGUCGCCGCCCGGGUGCAGGCCACCCCAGGACAUAAGCCUGGAAGAAUUUGACGACGAAGAUCUGUCCGAGAUCACCGAUGACUGCGGCCUGGGUCUCAGCUAUGACUCCGACCACUGCGAGAAGGACAGCCUCUCCCUGGGGCGUUCGGAGCAGCUGCACCCCAUCUGCUCCUUCCAGGACGAUUUCCAGGAGUUUGAGAUGAUCGAUGACAAUGAAGAGGAAGAGGAAGAGGAGGAGGAGGACGACGAGGAGGAGGACGACGAGGAGGGCAGCAGGCAGGGCCAGGAGGGCGACCACGGAGGCCCCGAGGGCCCGCCCGCGCCCCUGAUUCCCUCCCCGGCCUUGGAGAAGCCCCCGAAGCACCGGCCCACCACGCUCCACCUGACCAAGCUGGGAGCCCAGGACUCGCUCAACAACAACGGAGGCUUCGCGCCCGGCCCGCCGCGCGCCUGGUCCGAGACGGAGCUGUGCUCGCCCGCCCGGGAGCCGCUCCGAGAGCCGCCGGUCCAGCGCGCACCCACCGCCGCCGCCCUUGCCCGCGCCCCGCGCCCGCCCGCGCCCGCCGCCCACGAGCGCGACCACGAGGGGAACCGGCCGGCGGGCGGCCCGGGGCCGGACAGCGCGUCGCCGUCGUCGUCCGACCCGGGCAUCGAGGCGGACCUGGGCAGCCGGCGCGGCGGCGGCGGCGCGGAGCUGUGGUCGCCCGGCUCGGGCUCGGGCUCGGGCUCGGGCUCGGACUCGGAGGGCGCGCGGCUGGGCCGCAUGAUCUCGUCCAUCUCGGAGACGGAGCUGGAGCUGAGCAGCGACGGCGACGGCGGCGGCAGCAGCAGCAGCAGCAGCGGGCGCUCGUCGCACCUCACCAACUCCAUCGAGGAGGCGUCGUCGCCCGCGUCCGAGCCCGAGCCCGAGCCCGCGCCCGCGCCCCAGCCCGCGCCGCGCCGCCCGGCCUUCCUGCCCGUGGGCCCCGACGACACCAACAGCGAGUACGAGUCGGGCUCCGAGUCCGAGGCGGACGUGAGCGAGGACGCCGACUCGCCCUGGCUGCUCAGCAACCUCGUGAGCCGCAUGCUGUCCGAGGGCUCGGCGCCCAUCCGCUGCCCCGGCCAGUGCCUGUCGCCCGCCGGCCGCGCCGAGCCGCCUGCCGAGCCCGCCCGGCCCGCCGAGCCCGCCGCGCCCUGCCUCUUCCUCAGCAACCCCACGCGCGACACCAUCACGCCGCUGCGCGCCGCCGGGCGCAACGCCCGCCUGGGCCGCGCCUGCUCGGCCGCCGGCUCCGAGGAGGAGGACGAGGAGGAGGAUGAGGACGAGGACGACGAGGUCGACGAGGACCAGGGCGGCCGCGCCGGGCCGCCGGGCCAGGCCGCCCUGGACGCGUCCCUGGUGUACGACGCCGUCAAGUACACGCUGGUGGUGGACGAGCACACGCAGCUCGAGCUGGUGAGCCUGCGGCGCUGCGCCGGCCUGGGCGACGACAGCCAGGACAGCGGGGGCGAGGCCAGCGAGGAAGAGUCGGGCGCGGCCCUGCUGGACGCCGACCAGGACCCCCGGGUCGAGUCCCCCGACAGCCCCGACCUCACUUUCUCCAAGAAGUUCCUCAACGUCUUUGUCAACAGCACCUCCCGCUCCUCCAGCACAGAGUCCUUCGGCCUCUUCUCCUGCCUUGUGAACGGAGAGGAGCGAGAGCAAACCCACCGGGCGGUCUUCAGGUUCAUCCCGCGUCACCCUGACGAGCUGGAGCUGGACGUCGAUGACCCGGUGCUGGUGGAGGUGGAGGAGGACGACUUCUGGUUCAGGGGCUUCAACAUGCGCACGGGCGAGCGUGGCGUCUUCCCUGCCUUCUAUGCCCACGCUGUGCCCGGCACUGCCAAGGACUUGCUGGGGAGCAAGCGUGGCCCAUGCUGGGUGGACCGCUUCGAUGUGCAGUUCCUGGGCUCCGUGGAGGUGCCCUGCCACCAGGGCAAUGGGAUCCUUUGUGCGGCCAUGCAGAAGAUCGCCACCGCCCGGAAGCUGACCGUCCACCUGCGCCCGCCGGCCUCCUGUGACCUGGAGAUUUCCCUCCGGGGUGUCAAGCUGAGUCUGAGUGGGGGCCCCGAGUUCCAGCGCUGUAGCCACUUUUUCCAGAUGAAGAACAUCUCCUUCUGUGGCUGCCACCCCCGCAACAGCUGCUAUUUUGGCUUCAUAACCAAACACCCACUGCUGAGCCGCUUCGCCUGCCACGUCUUUGUCUCCCAGGAAUCCAUGAGGGCCGUGGCCCAGAGCGUGGGCCGCGCCUUCCUGGAGUACUACCAGGAGCACCUGGAGUACGCCUGCCCCACAGAGGACAUCUACCUGGAGUAGCCGUCGCCUAGCGCUCCACGUGCAGCUGGGGCUGGGCUCUCAAGCCCACAGGACUGGACUGGGGGCCCGUGGGGCCGGGCUGGGCUGGCCUGCCUCUCCGCUCCCCGCCUCGUCUCCCCCCCUGUCCCCUCUGUGCCUGCACAUUCUAGCCCUCUGCUCUUUACUUUGGGGUCAGAACUGGGGGGGAGGGGAGGCAGCAGGUGGUAGAGAUGCAGGCCCCCAGGCGCCCCUCCCUGCCCCUCCCCAUGAUUUAUAAAGGAAUUUUAAUUUUUAUAGUGAAUCUCCAGGGAUUAUUGCUUCCUUGACCAUGGGGACCGAGGGAGGGACCCCCUUAACACCCCAGGUGGAGCUCGGGAGCAGGGAGGGGUCCCAGGAAGGGCCUUGAAAAAAAGACAGUGGCCGAGGCUCGCCCGAGCACACCGGGGCUACUGGGAGGAGGGACCCUGCCUGGCCCUGGCCACACCAGCGACCGCUUCGCCUCUGCACUGCUCCCCGCAGACCAGCGCCUCAAUAAACUCUCUGCUUGGUGUGA